AAUAGUGUGACGUCAUCUCUGUGGGACACCGUGCUGCGGUGGAUGGAGACAUGAAGGUGAAAUAAAAUAAAAUACAAUCCGUUGUAUUUAUUUAAAGAAACGCAGCAGAGACCUGGACACACGUGACGGCUGAAACUCAGGAGUGAGUCACCAUGUUGAGUGUGGGGGGAUCGGUGAGGUCCAGCGUCCUGCAGCUUCCUGUUCAACAAGUCUGUUCUGCUGCAUUAAAGAAGUCACCUCCACCUUGUCGCAUCUGCUGUCUCAUGUUACCUAUCAGAACGCCGUCAGGAGUCGGCACACUGUCGGGAGUCAGGAGGCUGUCAGGAGUUCGGUGGCUGUCAAGAGUCGGGAGGCCGUCAGAAAUCGGGACUCUAUUGGGAGUCAGGAAGCUCUCUGGUGGCGGCCGUUUUGACGAUGCUGGUGCAGUUGGCUGGUACAGUGGCCUCUCAGAUUCGGCUCCAGUUCACCUGUGCGAACAUUUCCUGGUGAGUGUGCAGCAGGCGAGCGGGCUGCCUUGGUGGCUGAGCAUCGUCGUGGCUACGCUGUCGGUCAGGACGCUCAUCACUCUGCCGCUCGCUGCCUACCAGAUUGUCAUCAUCGCUAAGGUGGAGGCGCUGCAGGCCGAGAUCUCGGAGCUGGCGAAGAGGCUUCGAUACGAAGUGUCUGUCCGAGCGAGAGAGAGAGGUUGGACUGAGAAACAGAGCCGUUUCCAGUUCCAGAAGAAUCUGCGUCGUAUUGUUUCUCAGCUGUACAUUAGAGACAACUGUCAUCCCUUCAAAGCCAGUUUACUGGUCUGGGUCCAGCUGCCCAUGUGGAUCAGCCUCUCUCUGGCCCUCCGAAACCUGACCCUGGAUCAGUCCGCGCUGCAGUCUGAGCUGGCAGCAGGGGGCGCUCUCUGGUUCCCUGAUCUCACCGCACCAGACUCCACCUGGAUCCUGCCGAUCUGCCUCGGACUCACCAACCUGCUCAUCCUAGAGGUGUUUUCUCUGCAGAGAGUCAACCCGUCUCGUGUUCAGAGGAUUAUGACAAACUGCAUCCGAGCGUUCUCCUUGUUGAUGAUUCCCAUCGCUGCUACAGUUCCUUCAUCUCUGGCUCUGUACUGGUUCUCCUCCAGUCUCGUGGGCUUCAGUCAGAAUCUCGUCCUUCGUUCUCCGAUGAUCCACAAAAUCCUCAAACUGAAAACUCCCAGAUCAGACUCUCCAUACAGAGACCUGCUGUCGGCCUUCAUCUCCAAAUACUGCAGAUAAAUAUUAUUUAUGUAUACAUACGUCAAUAUACUGUAUAUGUAUGUUGUGUGUGUGUAUAUAUGUGUGUAUAUAUAUGUAUGUGUGUG